CCCUUUCCCUAACCUCUUCCAAUUUCACACGUUUGACACUUUGCCUCCCAAAAUUUCCGCACAUCCCCACCUUCUCCCUUCCUUCGAACCGCCACAGCCUUCCCCUUCUUCCUCCGAUCAAUUUUGCUUUGAAAGAAGAUGGAAGCUGGAAGCUGUUCGUCGCCGCCAACACCCGACGAAGCCAACCCUCGUCCCCGGCAACCCCCCGUCGAAGGCAACCUCCUCCCCGCCAACCUCCGUCGAAGGCGGCCAUCAUCGUUGCGCAUUCCAAGGUGCGAACCCCCCCCCCCCCCCCCCACCGAAGCCGUUUAUUUUGUCUCAAUCGAAAAAUGGUGUGAACCCCGCUUUCUUCCAUGGCCGAAAGAUCCGGUGUUUGUGACGUGACGGUUAUGGCCUUUGCCGAGUCAUUGAUGCAGAACUUGUAAUUGCAGCCCGAGUGUAAUAUGAAAACAUGGCAGCGAAAAGAUGUGCAUUUGCAAUGAGGCUCUGGACUUUGAGGAAGAUCCACUCAGACUACUUUGGGUCUACAUGUUUAGUGUAGGAUGAGUUUGGUUGUAAAACAUUGAUGUAACCUUACUAUGGAGUACAUUUUUUUGGUGCUCA